AACGGGCUGGACGGGCGGGACUGACGGGAGGGGAGGACGCAGAGGACCCGCGCGAGCGCUGGCUGGGCGCUGCCCACGUCCGCCUCCGCCACAAGCUGCGCUCCAAAGGCAGUGCCCCAACCCGGAGCCGGCCCCGCCAGGGGGACACCGCCCGGUGGCCGACGAGGUCGUCAGUCCUGCCCUGUCUUCCAGACUCGGAGGACCUAGGCUCCCGGACGGCAAGGAACCGCCCAACAUGGCAUCGGAGAGCGGGAAGCUGUGGGGUGGCCGGUUUGUGGGCGCAGUGGACCCCAUCAUGGAGAAGUUCAACUCGUCCAUCACCUAUGACCAGCACCUCUGGGAGGUGGACGUGCAGGGCAGCAAGGCCUACAGCCGGGGCCUGCAGAAGGCGGGGAUCCUCACCAAGACCGAGAUGGACCAGAUACUCCAGGGCCUGGACAAGGUAGCUGAGGAGUGGGCCCAGGGCACCUUCAAACUAAACCCCAAUGAUGAGGACAUCCAUACGGCCAAUGAGCGGCGUCUGAAGGAGCUCAUCGGUGAAACCGCAGGGAAGCUGCACACAGGACGAAGUCGGAACGACCAGGUGGUCACAGACCUCAGGCUGUGGAUGCGGCAGAACUGCUCCACGCUCUCUGCCCUCCUCCUGGAGCUCAUCAGAACCAUGGUGGAUCGGGCAGAGGCGGAACGUGACAUCCUCUUCCCAGGGUACACACACCUGCAGAGGGCUCAGCCCAUCCGCUGGAGCCACUGGAUCCUGAGCCAUGCUGUGGCACUGACCAGAGACUCUGAGAGGCUGCUGGAGGUGCAGAAGCGGAUCAACGUCCUGCCCCUGGGGAGCGGGGCCAUCGCAGGCAACCCUCUGGGUGUGGACCGGGAGCUGCUCCGAGCAGAACUGAACUUUGGGGCCAUCACUCUCAACAGCAUGGAUGCCACCAGUGAGCGAGACUUUGUGGCUGAGUUCCUAUUCUGGGCUUCGCUGUGUAUGACCCACCUCAGCAGGAUGGCCGAGGAUCUCAUCCUCUAUGGCACCAAGGAAUUCAACUUGGUGCAGCUCUCAGACGCCUACAGCACUGGAAGCAGCCUGAUGCCCCAGAAGAAAAACCCAGACAGCCUGGAGCUGAUCCGGAGCAAGGCGGGGCGAGUGUUUGGGCGGUGUGCUGGGCUCCUGAUGACCCUCAAGGGACUUCCGAGCACCUACAACAAGGACUUACAGGAGGACAAGGAAGCCGUGUUUGAAGUGUCCAACACCAUGAGCGCCGUCAUCCAGGUGGCCACUGGCGUCAUCUCUACACUGCAGAUUCACCGUGAGAAUAUGGCACGGGCUCUUAGUCCUGACAUGCUGGCAACUGACCUCGCCUACUACCUGGUCCGCAAAGGGAUGCCAUUCCGCCAGGCCCACGAGGCCUCCGGGAAAGCCGUGUUCAUGGCCGAGACCAAAGGGGUCGCCCUCAACCAGCUGUCGCUGCAGGAGCUACAGACCAUCAGCCCCCUGUUCUCGGGAGACGUGAGCCACGUGUGGGACUACGGACACAGCGUGGAGCAGUACGCAGCCCUGGGGGGCACCGCGCGCUCCAGUGUCGACUGGCAGAUUGGGCAGGUGCGAGCUCUCCUAGGGGCACAGCAGGCCUAGAGCCCUCCCCAUGCCUCUCCCAAAUAAAGUGGGCCCAAGAGGA